AUGGGCGCAGACUUCUUGGGUCUAGAUGCGGUGGGAUGGCGUUCGAUGGUCAAGACCUGGUGGGAUCAAGUUCUCGCAGCUUGUUUACUAGCUACCAUUGUCUUCGGAGGCCUGUAUAUCUUAUUUCUAGUCGGGAGGAAAAUCCGCCGUAGUUGGCGCAAAAGGCACCAGCUAUCACAGGUGCCCGCGGCGAUUUCACGGUGCCUUGAUCGGCUAUCACGAGAGUCGCAACCACUGUGUCUAGAGAGAUCGACGGCAAAAGAGCCCCAAUCAUUUGGUGUUUUUCUCGGCAGCCUGUCAAACCCUCCUACUACCGACGAAGCACACUUAUUGCGACAAUGGGACACCCUUGUUCUUGACCCUCUUCAAGAGGGUGUGUUGAGGACCUUAUCAAACGGGUGUACAUCUUCGUACACUCUGGGGCGACUGGAUGUGCGUGCGCUUGUGAAUUCCGAGCAUACCGCGACCAAUGGUGAAGUGAUCCAAGCGUUAGAGGCCGUUGCCGAAGCAUUGCGCACAUAUUUUAAGCAGCCGGAGGAUGCGCAGUCACCAUUCAGAGGUGUUCUCUUGGCUGACUGCCUGGCGCACUUUCAACCAGUGGUAUUGAACAAAUUGGUGAGAUUCAUCAACCACCUCGGCCUCGAUGUCUGGCUAGAGCUAUCUCCGCCCGCUUAUAUCAGCGAGCAGCAAUGUCGUGAUAUCGAUAUGUUGCGCAUCAGGGGUAUCAUCUAUCGUAACGGCACUAUUGCAUCUAAUGGUGAUAGUCGCAACUACUUUCAAAUGUCGGAAAUGCGAACAGCUAUGCGCGCUGUCGCGGCUCAAAAGUCUAUGGGCGGCUCGACCCUCGCCAUAUGGGAGACAGUUGACGAUGAUGUGGAGCUAUCGCACCAUGUUAUUCACCGGACGUUCAAAUGGUGCAACUAUAGAAGCGCAAUGUGCUGGAUCGCGCCACACGCUGCAUUGACAGACGCAACCGUUGCGACUGUGAAAACUAUUACUGAGGAACCGUUAGGGGCGUUGAUGUGGAUGAAAGGAAACGAUGUGUCUGAGGCGCAUAAUGUGUGGAAGUCCAAUGGGACGGUCCGCCAAGAUGCAUUUGGUCAUGAGUCUCUGUAUGAAUCUUUGCAAUCUUUCGUCCCAGGCCUCCCAGAAAAACUAUCAUUACUGCCUCCGACUAAAGCGCUCCCAGUUAAUAGUCAAGAGGUUGAGGUUGACGAGCUCUACUGGCCAUCGCAGCCGGAGAUCACUCAGACGAACCCUUUCUCCGUUUCUCCCGCCGGAAUUGACUAUACAGGGCUUGGCUGCUUCCAACUGGGCCUUAACUGCACGUCCAAAGACAUUUCCGACUUAGUUGAGGCACAACGUCAUGUUAAGGAACUGGAUUUGCUUGAACGUGUCAAGCUGGAUGAACUUCACUGUAUCGCCGGACAGUUACGCACUCUCCAGAGAGCAUCAAACGCGGCAAGCUCUAGUGGGCUCAGCGCUGUGAAGGAACUGGUUGGUAUUCUCAGCGCCUGCAAGGGUAGUGAAACAGAUCCACUCAAGGUAUAUGUGGGAUUACACUCAGGAUUCCGCACGCGCCUGGAAACCCAAGUUUGGGGUAUGUAUGAAAAUGACUCCACUCCGGGUGCUCUCAACAUCUACCUUUCAGCAAAGGCACAAGAUCGCACUAGUACCCUCCUCCACACAUUUAUGUCCAGUAGGGGACAUUCCAGAUUCGAAUGUUUCAUGGCCGAGCUUUCGCUAUCAACACAGACAGGGAACCUAUCCGAGAUGUGGAGAUUGCCAUCGCGCAUUGUCCAUGAUAUAGAACAGCUUACCCCAACCGAAACAAUCCUGUUUUUACGUCGCCUCACUCUUUCAGAAUGCACGGAGUGCUCACCAUUGUCGGAACCGAUACGUGCUUGCUGUGAGUAUCAGCUUAUUGAGGUCCCCUCUCUCUCUCAGCUCCGGACUUUGGCCUCUAGUGCGUACUUGGGCGGCGAGAUCUCGGCAGAAGACCUCGUCCGUUCACGAAUUGAAUGGUAUCGCCAAGGGGGCUGCUGGUGCCCUGAUCCCACUACCGCUAUAUCCCUUUUCAAGGAGGUCGAUUCCCGCUUACCAACUAUUCUCAUCAAUGGAGAACUUGAAAUUCUGACUCGGCUCGCCACCGUCGUCCACACUGUCUUGCAAAGGGGUCAGAUUGAUGCUGGUGCCGAUUUGUUUGCCUUAUCCGUCUUUUGUGCAUUCCGCAAACUCGCCCUUAACGAAGUCUAUCUGGAAGUCCUCGACCGUAACCCCCUGCCGAACAAUGACAUGCUUCAGCCCUCCUGUUUUGCAGAGAUGUACGCGGUGGGAGCACGCUGCGAUAUGUACUUCGAUAUGCCACCCAUAGUUCUCGGAAAGAUCAUCGCUACGCAGUAUCGUGCUUAUUACGACGUCCACCAACCACCACGUCGUGACGAUUUAUUCACCGAGCUCCCGACGGCAUAUGCAUCUAUGGAUAUUGACUUGGACCCAAAGGGUGAGCAGGUAAAACCAUCAGUAUUCUACCAAUUCACAUUCCUCGGCAUCUUCGCUGUUCCCGCUUUGAUCGACAUUGUCAUGCUCACGACCGUUGGACGAGGCCUUUAUCUUACCACAUUCAUGAGUAACAUCGAUAAAUCCUUGGCAACAAUAGCGCUAAUGGUUGCUCUUAUCCUUUGUGGUGGAUUUGGUGGUUGGAUCAGUUCUGGGGGUAGUUACUACCUUCACGCGAUGGCCUUCCCAGCCAUGAGCAUGUUCGUGCUUACGCGUUUCGUUGCGGGACUGGCGGUUGCCUUCGUUGGUGGCAUAUUUGCCAUGAUUGGAAUUGGCGUUGUCAGCGGAUUUAAUCACGGAAUCGUCUUCUUUCUCUACUUUGUGAUGCUGUCUACCUUUUUGAUGACGCUAUCUGCGCUCUCAGUAUAUCAAAUUCCUGGGUUCCAGUUUCAAUCGGGAAGAACAGUUAUCAUGAUGUGCAUUCCAAUUCUCUUUAUCUCGCCAAUUAUCACGAUCUGGGUGCAUCAUGACACAUGGGUUUACAUUCCCCUCCUAUAUCUAUUCUUGAUAUGUCUUUUGUUCGGGGCCCGGAUAGUCGUUUCGCAGUGGAAUACCUGGUAUCUUCAUAUUCCUCGCAUCACAGACAGUGAUGUCGUCAGUUGGUAUCUCAGAACAUGGCCGCCCAAUAGCCUCCCAGCCGACGUGGAAGAUAUUGGCACAACCCCAAUUCCCCGACAGGCGCUCCAGGAAAGCGUCGAGAAGGAACGGAACCGCCGGUUCUGGACCCGGUCGACCGCAGAUCCAUUCGUUCGAGAAUUGGCGGAUGGUUAUCCCGCAACAAUGUUCCUACUGGUGUGGUACUGCAAAUAUUCGAGAACUAAGCUGCCACGACCAUACAGCCCGACCUGGAACCUCCAGCUGAAAGCCUCCGUCCAGACCAUGACCGAUAUGCAGAAAGGUAUAAAGCUCCACAACGCCUUUCUCCAUUGGCGUCACACCGGCGCCGACGUGUGGUGCGGUAUUUUGUACUUUGUUCUUGCUUUGGUCGACAAGUGGACUGCACUGCUGACGGGACAGUCUGUCGUGGGCCUUUCCAACGUGUCUAGCAUGAAGUACCGGUUGGCGACAGGAUUCGGCUUGGCCUAUUAUCUCAUGGGCGCAGUCAUCCUUGAUGCCGUGUCGCAGCCACUAUGGACAAUGGCCAACAGAACUACCUCUCGUGCCAUCGCUUCGUUGGAUUCCCUUCGAGAGGCAAAGCUAGACAAUGUCCGGGCGCGACGAUCGCUUUACUGGAAGUCACUUGGGAAGUUUUUCUUCUUACAUAUGUGGGGCGCUGCUAUCUCAUUGGCCCUCAUGUGGUCCUUCGAGGCAACUAGCGACGCCACCAUAAUGUUCUUGGCCUAUGUUGGCUCUUACUCUGGCCUACUCUGGUAUCAGUACAACAAAAUAUUCACCGGUGUGCUUGCGGUAAAACCUCUCGCCUUAGGCACAGUCAUUGGCUUUGUAUUGGGCAUCCUCCUGCACGUUUAUAUCCCCGCUUUCGCAUACAGCAGUGUCAUUUCUUUGGCUUCAGGAACAUGGACGGCUGCCUUGAUCACAUUAUUCAUGACCGACAUAUGGGUACCACUGUCGAGCAAAGAAACAGACACGAAACAAGCUUCCAAUAACGAAUCACCGUUCUAUAUCUGUAGUGCUCUCGACCCUUGCCCUGACCUUUCCCAGACGACUCUUGGUCAAAUGUUUGAUGGUAUUGCCUCCUUGCCUGGCGACGUACGAUACAAGCUUCAGCCAUCGCAACAUCCAGGUGUUGAAGUCAUGCAAAUUCUACAGUCCCAAAGCAGCUCUAAGAAGUCAGAGCGCAUAGAAGCGGCUUUUCGGCUGGCAGGAGGGCUUGUUAGUCUAGCCGCAGAGCUCUGGCAACGGGGCGAAACAACUAUCGAACUCGUUUCCGCUGGUCACCUUCUCCAUAAUGAACAGAAAAUCCGAGCCAUUAGCCGGAGUACUCACAGCGGCUUACACAUUUUUGUUGUCAUUGGUCCCGGUCUUAUCAGAAAUGAGUGGACGUCGGAUAUUCGUCGGAAUUGCAAAAUGAUCGCUGAAGCCGUGGUUCAGGCUACCGCUGAAUGCAAAUCUGGGAUAUCGCACAACCACUCUCUACUAACAGAGCUACUGGUUGUAGGCGAUCAAGAUGACGAGCAACUCCCCGUUCCAGAAGGCGUUAAGCGCCAGCUUGAGAUUUGCGCGGGCGAACGCAUGUGGGCCGUCAGGCACUGGCAGAAGACAUUACUCCGUCACCUCCUGUUAGGUUUGGAGUGCGACCUUGAUUGGGACAAGUUGCCGCAGCAUAUCCGGUCCUUCUUGUUGAAAAGGUGCUGUGGGCAGCCCUGUCGCCUUUCCUCAGAGCAAAUGGACUGGAUCAGAUCAAGGUUUUCCGCCGACGAGUCUCUGGGUGUUGAAGAAUUCGUUUCACGAUGCAAUCUUGGGGCUACCUUGGCUGUUUCCGUAACAUCAUUUGCGGAAACGCUGCCACCGAGCCAUGAUUUUGAGCACGCUUUCUUGGACUCGUGGUCAGUCGGUGCUCAACUCCCAUCCGGCCCCAAUCUGUCAGGCUUGGGAUUCUUUGGAACUCUCGAGCUGACACUAUCUCGCCUUCACGAAAAGGUCAAAGCAUGCAUAAAGUUCACUGUGAUAUCCCUCGUCGCGGAUCCAGAAUAUCAAAGGGAGCUGAACUACAUGAUUGGUGGGCAACCUUUGGUUUUAGCUUGGCCGGCGACACUGAUACUCAAUGGGAUCUGGAAGUUCUGCAAAACCCUGCAGAGGUUUCUCCUUCCCUUCGUUUUGUUACAUGGCCGUGAAAAGGUCUCCACGUUGUAUAAGAACAUGAAAGGCAGGAAGACAGUCAUUGAGAGCAACCGCGUCAUCACUGAGAGCUUGAACGGUCCUUCGACCGGCUUCUUCGAGUCUACGCCGGACGGCACCUUCCGACUUUACCAGUAUUCGGGGCGCCAUGAGAACAAACCAAGCGGCAACCAGCAUCUGACGGCCAUUAAUACUUACACAGACAAGCUCAUUCUCCGCCAAAGGGAGGAGUUUAGUGGUGGGUCUCUCACAAACGAAUUCACCUACGAAUAUUCGACAGACGUUCAGGCACGAAAGUCGAAGCUGCCGGUACGACGUCAGUGCAUCAGAGGCGCGCUCAAUGGCCAAGUCGUUCAAUACGAUAGAAGGGGUCACAUCGCCUCCGGGUCCACUACGCAAGAUGGGGAUCCAGUUUUGUUCCAGUUCUGGUACCGGAAACAUGCCAAAUUUGACGAUGAGUUGAUACGGGCCGAGUUUGUAUCCACGCAUAUCAAGAUCCAGGUCUCAUGGUGCAUGCCGCCUCGCACUCAUCCGGAAAAGUUGAACAAGUGGGUACCUUAUCCCCGGAUUACGGAGGCCAUUUUCACGAAAGAAUCAGAUAUCUACAGCGCAAAGUGGACCUAUGAUCACAAGUUCCAUCCCAAUAUUUCCUCCACUUUUAACGGGGAGCCUUCUCCUACCCCACCUAUGAUACAGGAUGACUGGUAUAAUGUUUUGCAGAAGCCGAAGAAUUGCAGUUUCCUGGAUGACAACCCACUCUUCUCUUUCUCUUCGAUAAACACCGGCUUUUUGUCGCGAAUGUUUGGUUUGAAUGUUAAGCGGUACCCCAUCCCCACAUCGCGCGCCAGAAUGCAUCUAUGGACAUCUUGGAAGAGUGGAAAUGAAUUCGACGCAGCUACUACAAGAUGGCUGGACGAAAUUCUCUUGAGAUCUGAUCAUGUACUUAAUCCGUACUGGAGGAACCGGGACUUUGGUAGACUCGAAGCUGCAAGAAAGUACCUUGAUGAACGGGGAGACACGGUGCUCGCGAGAGUUGACAUCGAUCCUGAAGUCAGCUCCUGGACAUGGCUCGCCUUUAAGAUGAGUGACUUGUAUAGUUUUGGACAAGGUGGUGAUGCGCGAAUCAACACGAGAACGCUGUCCACACAGCUGCAAGACAGCGACAGCCAACUCCACGUUCUUGCUCUGGAUACAGCAACUUGGCCCAAUGAGCCUGGUGGUGUCUCCGCUUGUCGGCGAGACUUGGUCAACAACCUCAACACCACCAGAUGGCAUAUCAUUGCCGAAGCAGCUAACGAUUUCGGAGUUCCGCGGUUCCAGAUUGAGAGAAAUGUUCAAUCGCUUGCGGUCAUCCCUCAGUGGGGUCUGGACUUCCUCAAUCCGACCCAUGGAGUUCUCCAAAGCUGCCUCGACUCGGCGGUUGCGGAAAGAUCAUUCGACACGAGGAAAAGUGACAUUGAGCAGAAUUUUAUCCCCAUUCUCACCAGCCUCGUCCGCUGCGCUCGGACAACUCAGCUCACCCGCCAGCACAUUGAAGAGGCUACCAAAGCUCUGGUUGGUCUGAACACCUACUUUGAAACAUCCCGAAACUGGAACGAUGCCUGGAUGAGCGACGUCGUGAAGGAUGCUUGGAGAAGUCUCUGGUUGGCGGAUGAUCUAGACGGUGUCAUGCCAAUCUCACAAUGGAGAACAGCUGAACAUCCGACAUUGGUGCAGCUCGACACUGCGUUGGAUAUGUGGCAUCGCUAUCUGUUUAUCUUCUCCGUACCCGUUCCCGAGAAGAUUCCUGAUAUCUUCCAAGCGUCGCAUCAUUUCACGGGGGCCACUUACGGCGUGCUCUGCAAGAUCAAGCGCAAAUGUGCACUACAUGUGUGGGACCACUCCAUCAGUCUGAGGGAGAUGGUGACCUUCUUGUCAGGAGCUAUCUCCUUCGACUCGUCAUUUGUCAACACCACCCUCAUCCACCUCGGACGGCUGUCCUGCGUCCUUGCCGAGCAUCAUGCGGACGUGGUCCUGCCAUGUGCCGAAUAUUUCAAUCCCGGGUGGGAGACGGAAUUGGGAACCUGCGAAGGCGUCCUGCAGCACCGUCGGUCAUUCCAACGCAAGAUCGACCCGGUGGUCAACGGAAUCACUGACAUGGAGAAAUAUAAGCCGAUCGAGACAAUUAAGACCGAGAAGCCUACAGUAGUCAUGCUUUCUCAUAUCCGAUAUGUGAAAGAUAUCAAGACGGCAGUUAUGGCCACUGACGUGAUUGUCAACAAAUGGGGCUUCAAGGACUACCGGCUUCACAUUUACGGAGACAUGGAAAAGACACCUGGUUAUUCAUCCGAGUGUCAAGAGAUCAUCGCUUCCAAGGGGCUUCGGGACUACGUUAUUCUGAAAGGUCUAGGCAAUCCAUCUGUUGUGCUUCAAGACGCCUGGCUCUUCAUGAACUCGUCCAUUUCCGAAGGCCUACCGUUAGCCAUGGGAGAAGCCGCCUUAACAGGAGUCCCAGUCGUCUGCACGGACGUUGGCGCAUCCUUCUGCGUCGUGACGGACCGCACCACGGGGAAACGGUUCAGCGAAGUCGUCGCACCCAACGACGCCCUCUCCCUCGCCCAAGCUCAAAUCCGUAUACUCGCACUACUCGACGAGUGGGCCCCAUUCGCUGAGGACGAGGCGGGCCACCAACCGCCCAAGCUAUCAUUACGCCCCACCCCAGAAGAAGUAGAGCAGAUCUCGCGGAGAAUGUACGCUAAAACUAACCAACGACGUCGACUCGGUAUGCGGGGGCGCUCGAACGUGUUGAAUAGCUUCUCAAGUGAUCGGUAUCUGCGAGAACAUGAGCAAAUGCUCUGGAUUGGCAAGUACCAAAGUCGCAGCUAUGUUGCUCGCGAGCGGGUGGCGUCCUCGAAGAGUUCCUCUGGUUUUAUCAAGGAGAGGCCCUCCGAUGAGCAAAUGCAUUUGUCGCGGCCCUCUCAUACUUGGUGGGGACGGCUACGCCAUGAACAGGGCCAUGCUAGCUCUGCUGGGUCCAGCACGGAUUCUGUUUGA